AUGGAAAAUCAUGACAUUUUCGCUCUUGCAAGAUCAAAUUCAUUAGGCGGCGGAGCUCCGAACGUAGAAGAUCAAGAUGAGCUGCCGAUGAUUUUUCCUGGCGCAAUCGGAGAGCUCUCUUUCCCGCCUUCCGCCACCUCCUUUCCUCAUCAGGAUGCGCCCCACCUGGCGCCAGCUGGUGCCCUCGGUGGUAAUUCGUCCUCGAAUGAUGCGCCAUUGUCGGUCGAAGAUCUGGUCAGGAUCGCGGCGUCCAAGUUCGUGCGGUCCCGCUCUAACAAUACGACGUCGUUCGACGUUCAGCUCUCCGAGGAUGAAUCCGAGAGCGUGGCGCUCGCCCAGCUCCUCCUGGAAGCCGCGGAGGAGGUGGGCGAGCGCAGAUUCGACCCCUCGAGGACACUGCUCGAUCAGUGUGACCGGCGGUCUUCUCCGACCGGGAACCCGGUCCAAAGACUAGUAUUCUACUACUCCCAGGCUCUGCGCGACCGAAUCGACCGGGAAACCGGGCGAUCGACGUCACCGUCAGAGACGGUGACGGAGCGGUCGAGCGAUCUUUACAAAGUCGUGAUGAUUCCGAGCAUCCGGUCAAUUGAGUUCCAGUCCAAGAUCCCUUUCUCUCACGCCGCGCAGUUCGCGGGGAUCCAGGCCAUAGUAGAGCACCUGGACGGCACCAGGAAGAUCCACAUCCUCGAUUUCGCGGUGAGGAACGGGCAGCAGUGGAUCAUCCUGAUGCAGGCCCUGGCGUCGCGACCGAAACGACGUCGCGUCCGUCGCCUGAAGAUAACCGCCGUGGCGACCCUGGGGCAGGAACAGAUCGAGCGGACGGGGAGUAGGCUGGUGAGCUAUGCGGAAAGCGUGGGUCUGCCCUGCAAAUUCGACGUGGUGAUGGUCUCGGACCUAGCCGAGCUACGCCGAGACCACAUACAGGUUGAACCGGAUGAAGCCGUGGCCGUGCUGGCCGAGUACGUGCUCCACACUAUGACCGAACCCAUGGACCGGCUCGACUCGUUGGUUCGAGUGAUCCGGAGCUUCAACCCGUGCGUCAUGGUGGUGGGGGAGGUGGAAGGGAACAUGAACUCGCCGGUGUUCAUAGACCGGUUCGUGGAAUCGCUCUUCUUCACCAGCGCGUUCUUCGACUGCAUGGAGGAAUGCAUGGGGAGAGAUGAGGUGGUGAGGAAGUACGGGGAGGAGACGUUGUUUGGGGCGGCGAGCAAGAUUGUUGUGGCGAUCGAAGGGCGAGAGAGGAUUAUUAGGAACAUGAAGGUGGAUGUUUGGAGGACUUAUUUCCAACGUUUCGGAAUGUGGGAGGUGGAGCUCAGCCGAUCGUCGCUGUACCAGGCGGAGCUUGUGACGAAGAGGCUGCCGAGUUGGGGUCCUUGUACGGUUGGGAUGGAUGGGAAGAGCUUGAUCGUUGGAUGGAAGGGUACGCCCAUUAAAUCAGUUACCGUUUGGAAGUUCUAG